AUGCAUUGUUGCUACAUUCUCUUAAAUGAUUCCAAUGAUAACAUGAUUGUGUGAAACGAGUUUCUUAUGAGUACAUAGCAUCGUGAGGCCAUCUGCUUCCAUAUACACCAUACGCACUGCUUUUCCCGCGCAUUUUUCAUUCAUUUGACGUUAAUUCUUGGGAGGUUGGAGACAUAGCCUAUAAAUCGAAACCGUUUCGUGAAGUUAAGUCGACCAAUUUUAAUAUCCAACAUGGCUCCAUCAAAAUCAGAAAAACGAGAACAAUACUUAUCGUGGGAUGACUACUUCAUGGCAUCGGCAUUCCUGGCUGCAAAGCGUUCCAAGGAUCCUGCAUCACAGGUGGGUGCAUGUAUUGUCGAUAGUGAACAUCGUAUCGUAGGUACUGGCUACAAUGGGUUCCCGCGGGGUUGUAGCGAUGAUGACUUUCCCUGGUCAAAGACGAGCGCCAACAACCUCGAGAACAAGUAUAUGUACGUCGUCCACGCCGAAGCCAAUGCAAUUUUGAAUAAAAAUGCCGCCGAUAUCAGAGGAUCGCGACUGUAUGUGGCUCUGUUUCCAUGCAAUGAGUGCGCUAAGUUGAUCAUUCAAUCGGGAAUCAAAGAAGUCAUUUACAUGUCCGAUAAGCACGCUACCAGGGAACACACUAUUGCUUCCAAGAUGCUGUUCGAUAAGUGUGGGGUGAACUAUCGACAAUACGAGCCGAAUGAGAGCCGGGUCGUUAUCGACUUCAAUGAAAUCGAUUGGGAUAAACAGAAUCAAAUGCCACCAACUCCCAGCAAAGGGGUAUAAAUAGGAAGAGUUCGAUUGAUCAGUAUUAGGUUAAGGACAAUGUUAUAAGCAUAAAAGAAUGUACGUGGAUAGUUGGAUUGGUUGUAAAUUUUGAAUAAAUGUGUGAACAUGUCA